CUCCCCAAACCCCGGCAGCAGCCAAGCUGCACAGUCGACAUGGCAAGAAAACAUCGCAGCGGUUUUGUGAAAAAGGAUGAAAAUCUUCCAAGUCUUUUGGAAUGAUAUUCAUCACGCAAUGUGAUCCAAAAACCACUAUGUGUGAGGACAUUUAAGAACGAUUGAGUUCGGAAGAAAAAAAUCUUGAUUCCAGUGGAAUCUUCCAUAUAUAUAUAUAUAUAUAUAUACAUAUAUAUUAUUAUUAUUAUAUUUUUUUCCUCUGUGUAAAAGCUUACUUAUAUUUACACACUCACUUGCCCCAUCAACAUACAACCAUGCCAGUGCAAGCACCACAAUGGACGGAGUUCCUGCUGUGCCCGAUCUGCACACAGACAUUUGAGGAGACUGUUCGUCGGCCCAUCAGCUUGGGAUGUGGACACACUGUCUGCAAGAUGUGCCUGAACAAGCUGCACCGUAAGGCCUGUCCCUUUGACCAGACGGCCAUCAGCACAGACAUCGAGCAACUGCCUGUCAACACAGCCCUGUUGCAACUGGUUGGAGGCCAGGUUCCUAAGGCUCAACCAGUUGCCUUGAUUACCAGUCCAGAGGACUCGCAGCAUUAUGAGGAGGCCAGGCAGUGUGUGGAGGAGCUGGCCCUUUAUCUCAAACCCCUCAGCAACACCAGAGGUGUGGGCCUGAGCAGCACGGCCCAGAGCAUCCUAAGUCGACCCAUGCAGAGGAAACUGGUAACUCUGGUCCACUGCCAACUGGUGGAAGAGGAGGGCCGUGUCAGAGCCACGAGAGCCGCCCGCUCUCUUGGUGAGCGAACUGUCACCGAACUCAUCUUGCAGCACCAGAAUCCACAGCAGCUCUCCUCCAACCUGUGGGCUGCUGUCCGUGCACGGGGAUGUCAGUUUCUUGGCCCAGCAAUGCAAGAGGAAGCUCUGAAGUUGGUUCUUCUUGCUUUAGAGGAUGGUUCUGCUCUGUCCAGGAAGGUGUUAGUUCUCUUUGUAGUCCAGAGGCUUGAACCACGCUUCCCACAGGCCUCUAAAACUAGCAUCGGGCAUGUGGUGCAACUCCUCUACAGGGCCUCCUGCUUCAAGGUGACCAAACGCGAUGAAGAUUCAUCCCUGAUGCAGCUUAAAGAGGAGUUCCGUACUUACGAGGCUCUGAGGCGCGAGCAUGACUCUCAGAUUGUUCAGAUUGCCAUGGAAGGAGGUCUGCGCAUCGCACCUGACCAGUGGUCAUCUCUGUUAUAUGGAGAUCAGUCUCACAAGUCACACAUGCAAUCUAUUAUAGAUAAGCUGCAGACACCUGGAUCUUUUGCUCAAAGUGUCCAGGAGCUGACGAUUGCGCUGCAGAGGACUGGUGACCCAGCCAACCUCAACAGGCUGCGACCCCACCUGGAACUACUGGCCAAUAUCGACCCUAGUCCUGAUGCCCCCCCUCCUACAUGGGAGCAGCUUGACAAGGGGUUGGUAGCAGUGAAGACAGUGGUGCAUGGCCUGGUGGACUUCAUCCAGAACCACAGCAAGAAAGGAGCUGAUCCUCAACAGCCUCCUCAGCACAGCAAGUACAAGACAUACAUGUGUCGUGACAUGAAGCAGAAAGGAGGCUGUCCCCGUGGAGCCAGCUGCACCUUUGCUCACUCUCAGGAAGAACUGGAGAAGUAUCGUAAGAUGAACAAGCGUCUGGCCACACGCCUCCCGGGCCCUGGAGGGCUCAUGUCAGAUGAUGGCCUCCCUCUCGAUGUAGCAGUGACCCGGAAGCCUUCCCCCCUCCCCAAUGGCAGCGGUGCACCCUCUAUGCCACAGCUCAUCGCUCGCAGCACUGACGCAGUACCAUAUGAACUGUUGCGUAAACCCAUGAAGAUGGAUGGUGGGAUUUCGAGUGCGCCUGGAUCACCACCUGAUCUCAUGGACCCUGGGCCCAAACCUUGUAUGCCUCUGCCACCUCAUGUCAUGUCCCACCCAAGGAUGCCAGCAGACCACCUUUCUGGGGUGAAGCACAUGCCUGUGGUACCUAGAGGUUCUCCAGUAUACCCUCAGCAGCAGCUCCCUGAGAUGUGCUAUGACAACCGCCCACCACCCUCUGCUUCUCAGUAUGACCCCCCGCAGUACCCCACAGGGUACCCCUACCAGCAACCACCACAAUAUGUUCCUCGGGAUUACAUACGUAACCCCCCUCCCCCUAGUGAGUCAGGACCCCCUUACCAGGACCCCUACCCUGGGUAUGGCCCUCCAGAGCGCCCCUAUCAGGGCCCUCACUCUGGCCAAAACUUCUCCUACCCUCACCCUCCACAGUAUGAUCGUGGACGCCAUGGUCAUUACCCUGGUCCACCACCUCCCCCACAGCCUUACCCAUCACAGAGGGAUAACAUGAUCAGGAUGAGUCCUGCCCCUCACGAUGGUCCUCCGCCAUCAGCUGGACAGGCAAACUCAAUUUACCACCAGGAGCCCAAUGCCCGGGAUAGAUACCAACAAGAUGGCUAUUAUCCACCAGGUGCCCAGGCUCCACCCAUGAGGGCUUAUGUCAGGGGACCAUCAUAUAGUGGUCAACAGCCAAGCCUGGACUAUCUGCACCGACGUCGACAGGAGUUGUUAUCCCAGCUGGAGGAAAGGAAGGUCAUCUCCCCUCCACCGUUUGCUGCUUCUCCCGCUCUUUCUCAUUCCUUCCCAAGUGACUACCCUCCUGAGUAUGGUGAAGAGAACUCCAAAAUCAUUGGGAAAUGCAGAGAGCCUGACUACGCAGGGCAGUACUCUCCCUGGUCUUGUGAAACCAUUGGCUCAUACAUUGGCACAAAGGAUGCCAAACCCAAAGAUGUUAUGGUUUCUGGAAGCAUGGAGAUUAUGAAUGUGGAGGCUAAGGGUCUGAGGGAACCAUCGCUAGAGGCUCCUCGGAGGGGUGCAGAAGUCAAGGACGAUGACCCCAUCAUCCCAUUUGGUCCUCAGCCCACUGUGUCACGUUUUGGUGCCAUCUCCCGCACCACGAAGACGGGCUACCAGACCGCGGGCCCUGUGCAGGCUAUGGCCUCCAGUCCCCAGAACCCGAACUCUAAACACAUGACCAUGUCAGCAGAAUACUCGUAUGGAAGCCAUGCAGGAUGGGGUGGAGCUUCUUACCCCUCCCACCAGACUGCCUCCUCCUCUCAGGGACACUUCAGUGAGCGCAUGCCAAUGGCAGCCACAGACAGAGAGCAGUUAAAAAUCGAGCUGCAGCAGGUCAACCAGCAGAUCAACCAACAGACCCAGAUGCACAGCAUGGAGGCUAACAGUAAUUCUUUAUUGCUGCAGAGGGAGGCCAGUGCAUUGGCAGGUCAGUCUGCACAGCCCUGCCAGAGCCAGUCUGCAGCUGCAGCUCAGCAGCAACAGGCCAAGUGGCCAGCAGGGGGGGCAAGUGGAACAGCUAUCUCCAGUGAACAGCUAAGCAUGGAGCUCCACCAAGUGGAGAGGGAGAUCGGCAAAAGGACCCGAGAGAUGGCUAUGGAAAACCAGGGAGCACAUGAUGUUCAGCAGUACAAGAUGAAACCUACAGAGAAUGGACAACCAGAGCACAAGACUCUAGAAGAAAUGUCCCUGGCUCAUGGCGAGGUGUCGAACGGCUCCAGCAGUCUGCAAGAAAGUGCAGUGGGCGGGUCCAUGCUGUCACUGACCAACAAGACGUCGGGUCUGAGCCUGUGUUCCGACCCAGGUUCCACAGGUUCAGAGAUGCAGAAGAAUGGCGUCGUCCAUUCCUGCUCUUAGGCAGUACACAUACACACACGCACACAUGCACACACUCAAAAUGCUCGAUUGAAAAGCAUGCACAGGCACACAUACACCCAUUCUAUUUAGAAGAUGAGCAGUAUCUGCCGUGAUAUGAAUUUUCUUUCUUUUUGUUCUGUGAAUGAGCUUUUUUUUAAUGACUUUCCUUGCCUGGAAACCAGGGCAUAUGAUAACAUUUCUCGUGUGUUUGUUUUUUCUUUUUUUUGUACUGGGAUUUCAGAUUAACAAGGCUCGCAAUAGAUAAACCAGGAAGGGAAAACGGUGGUGAUGUUGACAAUAUUAUCGUAACUUCAGACCUAUUUCAACACAACAAUGUUGUCAAGUAUUUGAUGGAUCCUCCCCACAUUAAGAUUUUUGUUUGGUUGUCUCAGCAAACAUGUAAAUAAACGGUUAGACGCAGAGGAGAAAAUCAACAAGCACUAUCGCAUCACAUGAACUAUGAGGAACUUCUCUUCUCACAGUCUCAUGAUGUGUGAAGGUUUUGUAAAAAACAGCAGAUGUGUGUCGCCUGGUGCUCACCCCCAGAAUCGUAAAAGAAAACGUGGUGGCUCUGAUCCGGAUGCUCUGAGGAGGGAAAGCAGUAUGACGUUCAACCAGUAUUCACCAUAAAUGGAGAUGCAAGGUGUUUCUAAUUCUCACCUUUGGCCGCAGAAGUAUGACUUUUUUUUUAUUCGUGCAUUUUAUGAACACAUCAUACGUCUGUUUCAUACUUGAAGGCAGUAUAUUCUAUAUUUAAUCAAAGCAUUCUGUUUUAAAGAUUGCAACAAGUCCUUUUUGAUAACAAGCUUUCCACAAGUUUUCUAUGAGGGAAUUCAACCAGUGCUUCUUUUGGUUACAGUCUGACUUGAUGUGUUAGUUACGACACCUUUCUCCUGUUACUCCGACGGACUGCAUCCAGUCUUGGCUGUUUGUGUUAUGUAAUAUUUCACAGCAUGCUCUGAUAAGUUUUUGUCUUUUUUGAGGAGAAGGGGUGGAGUAAGUCGUUCUGCUUCAGGAGUCAGGUGAAUGAGUGUAAUCUUGACUUUAUAACGUCAGGGGUAAAUAAAUUAUUUCCCUACUCAGAGCAUCUCAUCUAGCCACACAAAAGGCCUCCCCAUUGGGAUUAUCUUGUCAUUUGUUCUCCUAACUUCUAUGAAGUUGCCUUCCCUUUUGUCUUUUGUUGAGUUUUGUUAUAUUUUUUCAUGCUUUGCGUUGUUAUGAUUUUGGUGGGUGAAGCUUUAACUAGUGAAGGCACCAAUAGCUCAACUGGAUGAAAGUCCCUCUCUGUCCUGAAUGAUCAAUUAUACUGUUAAAAUAUACUGUUGUAGUGUUUUUAGCUGCACAGUAUGCAUACAAUUAUGUUUACAGCUGAGGAUACUGGAUAAUAGUCGUUGGUUACUGAGGGGUAAACAAAAUGAACCUAACAUUUAAUUAUUGAUAUUUUAUUAAAUAUAUUUAAGCAUCUUUAUUGGUUUGCACAAUAAUCACGCUCACAUAAACACGUUUGUCUCUUCAAAACUUGCUGUCAACGUCACCACCAUUCCGAAGAUUAUUCCUUUUUCCCCAUCAUGCAAAUUGUUUACCGCUGAUGCUCAACACGGAGCUCUCUGCCUUCUGUAAACAAUGAGCAUGACUGAUUUUUACAGCUCUGAUGAGAGCAAAAGAGCCCUUGUGCUUGAACUGUUGUAAGGAUGGAGGAGAUGCUCUGGGUCAAGUCGUUCUAUUUUUAACGUUGGGCCUUCGGUGUGGCCGGACGAGGGGUACUGAGAAACUGACAAAUUCCUGAUAACUGAUCAGUCAUCAAUUCAAUAAUGACCCAAAUCACUUUGUGCUCGUCGUCCUCAUCUGGUUUGCUUGAGGAGCAUCUCUUCCAGUAGCGGAUUGAUAGCAGCUGUCUGUUUUUGUUUUAGUUUACCAACCACACUUCAAGCCUCUGGUUUUUCUUGCUACAUUUAUUGUUUAGGUACACAGCUCACUUAUACAUAUGAGUAUGUAUACGUACAUUAAUAUACUAAAGCACUAUUAACGUGCCACCUCUUAUUCUACUCGCUCAGCAUUUAUAUUAAAUGAUCUCUACUUAGAAUCAGCAAAAAGUUUUUUUUUUUGUUUUAUUUGAUUUGUUUUCUGUCCACUGGCUGCCAACACAGACUUUAUCCUUUCCCAGACGAAGGACUUCUGUGCGCAUUGAUGUUUUCACUUAAUCGUUUGUGUUCAAACAAAGAUGUUCUUUAUAGACUAUGCUUCCAAAGAAGACAAAAAUUCUGUAACUUUGGAAAAUUUAUGGAGAAGUUUUGUGUGUGCUAGAUUGUAUUGUAGAAAAUGUACCCUGACUUACGUUUUUUUCCACCCUUCAAAGUGUGCUGUACCGGGUGAUAGUGUUGAGGUAUUAGAAAAGUGUUGGGGUUUAUUUUCCCACACCCCCCUCCUCCCAACCCCUCAAGGAUAUUCAGGAAGUCUCUAAUGAAAGGUUGGCCUUAAAUCCUCUUGUAAUGCUCCCCUAUCUUUUUGCUUUAGGAGCAUGAGAUGGCCUCAAAUUUACACUGAAUUGGCAUUAUUCAGAGUCACGUAGAUGGACUCUAGCCGGCCCAGCCCCCUUUUUUGUAAACAUUAACAAAACGCCAUCAAUGCAAAUAUCGCAAAUCUCUAAAGGUUUGAAAAAGAAGAUGUUAAUUAUGUUAAUUUUUUUAAGGAAAUGCUGUCGACCUAGCAGGGUUUGUAGUUUUCUUUCUUUCUUUUUUCUUCCUGUAAUAGUUGAGUGAAUUUACCUACCUGCAAGUCUUACAGUCUUGAAUGCAUCAUCUGCCCAGAGGUGUAGUCAAAUGUGUGGGAGAUACAGGAGUGUCUGAGCGACAGCUACACAAUCGUUUUUUUUUCUUCUUGACAACUAUUCUCACAAAAUCGGCAGCCGAGCUUAACUCCGCUGUCAUAAACUUAAUAUAAUAAUGACUCGUAAAAGGAGAGAAAUGGGGUUUAGCAAUGAAUUGGCAACAUUUAUUGGUGUUAAUUCAAUAUGUUGUUUCUCAUUCGCUCUUAAAGUGCAAGUCAACCAAAACUAUCACAAUGUCGACUCUACCUGAUGGGUGAGUGCAGGUCUGAAUGAGCCUGAGACACCUUUAGCUUAGCAGAACUGACGUACUUUGACUUAUGGGGUGGUUUCGUAUAUAUUAGGUAGAAGAAAAAAAAAGUUUCAUUUCAACCUGCUGUGUUUUUGUCAGUGAGGGGAACUGCUCCCACUCGCCCAAAUUUACACCACCAGUUAAUCCCUCCACUCCCACCUUUGACCAUUGAACUCUGUUACUGCUGUUUGAGGCUCACAUUUUAUUCCCUGACUUUCUGGGGGGAAAUUCGCAAAUGGCUUUUUUAUAUGAUUACUCCCGUGUAAAAUAUCUCUUAAAUUAAGGUACAGGUUAGAUUUCAGCAAGAAAAAGAAGUUUUUAUAUGUAUAUUAUACUCCAUUAAGGAAUGUCUAGAAUUAUCUUCCUCCAAUGUGGAUGUAGCCAUUAUUACGCCAUUUUAUGACUUUGUAAGAGAAUUCACUGUGUGAAAAUUGGUUUGCAUUUUUGUAUAAUACAAUCUGCUUUUUUUGUUUGAUACAAGAGGGAGGUCAAACUGGAAGUUUGAAGAGAAAAAAAUGAACCUGUGAAAUUGAGAAAACAAGUGUAACUUAUGUACAACAGUGAUUCUAAGCUGAGGGGGAAAGAUUAAAUGAUAUUGCUAACUCUGA